GUAGUAAUGGCAUUUCAUGAGUGCGGAGGAAAUGCAUCUGGUGAAAUACCAAUUUCCCUUCCAAAGUGGGUCCUAGAGAUAGGAAAAGAUAAUCAGGAUAUAUUUUUCACAGAUCGUGAAGGGAGGAGAAACACAGAAUGUCUUUCUUGGGGUAUCGACAAGGAACGUGUAUUGAAAGGAAGAACUGGCAUUGAGGUUUGCUUUGACUUCAUGAGAAGCUUCCGUAUGGAAUUCAAUGACUUAUUUGAAGAGGGUUUCAUUACUGCUGUUGAAAUUGGACUAGGUGCUUCAGGGGAGUUGAAAUACCCAUCACAUCCAGAAAGAAUUGGAUGGAGGUACCCUGGUAUCGGUGAGUUUCAGUGCUAUGACAAGUACAUGCAGCAGAAUCUGCGACGAGCAGCAAAGUUGCGUGGACAUUCAUUCUGGGCCAGGGGGCCGGACAAUGCUGGGCAUUAUAAUUCAAGGCCUCAUGAAACUGGAUUCUUCUGUGAUAGAGGUGAUUAUGAUGGCUACUAUGGACGCUUUUUCCUUCAUUGGUAUGCACAAACCCUAAUUGACCAUGCAGAUCAAGUAUUAUCGCUUGCAAAUCUUGCAUUUGAAGGGACACAAGUAAUUAUAAAGAUUCCAGCUGUUUACUGGUGGUACAAGACGUCCAGCCAUGCUGCAGAGCUUACAGCAGGAUUCUAUAAUCCUACAAACCAAGAUGGUUAUUCUCCUAUCUUCGACAUGCUCAAGAAACAUUCUGCGGCUAUGAAAUUUGUCUGCUAUGGGCCACAGCACUCUGCCCAGGAAAGUGACGAAGCAUUGGCUGACUUGGAAGGUUUAAGCUGGCAGGUGAUGAACUCUGCCUGGGACCGCAGUUUAGCAGUAGCUGCUCAUGGUACUCUUCCUUGUCACGAUAGAGAGACAUUUAUUAGAAUCAUAGAAAAUGCAAAACCAAGAAAUGAUCCGGACCGUCGCCACCUCUCCUUCUUCACAUACCAACAGCUGACUUCUGUAUUCAUGGAAAGAGAAAUGUGCUUCUCAGAGCUGGACAAUUUCAUCAAAUGCAUGCAUGGGGAAGUUGUCAAUGACGUCCAAGCUUAAUUUUCAUGCUGCAAUAUUUCAGAUUGUCUGCGGUUGAAGGAGGGUGAUAGAAGUCAACUGCCAAUAUAAUGACUGUCGACAGCACCUGCAGGUGUGCGAUCCUUGAUAUUGGUUGCUUGGCCUGAAAACCUUGUAAUUUGAUCUACCCAAUUAUUCAUCGACGCUUUCCUUUUUACUAGCCGAAUAUUCUGUCAUGAUUAUUAUCCUGUCCUUGAGGAUGCUUAAACAUGGAAUUAUGUUGUACCUUCAAGUGACUAAUCUUUACUACCAAAAGGAAAAUUUCUUCUCUGUUCCUUCGGAUUUUUCAGGAAACAGAGCAUGGAAUAUA